AUGGAUGAGAAACCUUCGACUUCAAAAUCUGGCGAUGACUUCACCUUCCGCCGUCCACUGACUCCGGAUGAGAUUUUGCUGCCCAUCACCGCUAUUGGAAAAUCCGAUGAUGGAAAGAAUGUUCCGCUCUCCUCCCUACCGGAAGACAUCGACCCGGUAGUGAGACAUAUUCUGAGCCUCCAAAAAUAUUUCGACGAUGUCUCCCAAACUCUCCAGGAGUCUUCCGAAGGUGAGGAGGGGGAAUGGGUACAUCCCAGGGUACCCGAGGAACCCGUAUCGCGAAACUGUACGCUACCGGGUCGAGGCCGCAAAAUCUCUGACGAUCUGCUCUGGGAGCUCGGUCAGAAUUGCGUGAAAGUGAUAGCUCAGAUGGUGGGCUUCUCCUCCGCGGAGGUGGACGCGCUGAAAAUGUUGGUCGGAGCCAUGUUCGGUCUCAUGUCGGAAAUUUGUCAUCAGUGGAGAGUUCGAAUGGACUCAACCGAUCGAGAGGAAUGUCCUGGGGAAGACGAAGCCCUGAAUCUGGCGCUCAUGACGGCAGGUUUCCCCGACGGGAUUGGAAGCGUUCUGAGUCAUGUCAACUGGGUCCGCCGCGAGAGACAGCGAUGGUUGGGCAAAUGCAUCGCAAUGGCUUCGGGGAAGCGGAAUCCUCACGGCGACAAAACAUCAGAAUCGUCCGGCGCUGCAAGCGCGUCGGACCCCAGCUCAGAGAAAGAACAGUUCUCAGCCUCCGGUUCCGCCAUGGAAUUUGAGUCAAGUAGAACAAGCUCGAAGUCACCCUCCGCGAUGGACAUCGGCUCGGGAAGGAGCUCUGCCAUGGACACGGCGCCGCCGUCCCCAUCGGAUUCCGCUUUCCAUCUCCCAGAUCAGACGCAAGCCUCUGGACAGUCGAGCGCGGACGGUCGCGAGUACCUCGCUCGAUGAGAAGGAUGCUAGCUCGCACUGAAG